CAGGAGAAUGCCCAUAUAUGGCAACCAGAGCAUCCGAUGGUGUUGCUGGAAUCUGGAGUGCCUGACUCUAACGCGGGAAUGGAUUCGAUAGCGCAAAAAAUAAAGAAUUUUCAGAAGAGGCGAGCAGCAAAAAUGCCGGGCAUGGUGUGUUAGAGGCAAGGACGUAAGUUAGCACCGGUGCCUUAACGUUGCAGUGCUGUUCCUAAGGCGUUGUUGCAGGUUCGGGUGCAUUCCGCUCCUUGCAAUUCUUAUCCCUGCUACCGUGAAGCAUGGACCGGUGCUAACCCAUCCGCUGCAGUGCAGCUGCAGAACAAAUUGUCACCGAGUUGAAGUCAAACCAUUCGGAGGUUAGGAAGAUCUGUUUAGCAGGUCCCCCGAGGCAGGAUUUGUUGUUUUGAGCUCACCGCAGCCGGCAGCUUUCCUCGCAGGGAUGAGAGUGGAAUUGGGGUUGUAAACGGAGGGAGGCUUGGAGUGUUCCAGCACGAGCAAUGCAGACUGAACACAAAGGGAGAUAAAUUAUCUUGACAUGAUUCCUGCAGCACCCUGGGAUUGCAGCCAUUGAAGGGUAUGAAAUUUAUCUUUGGUUGCCAUUGUUGAAGGAGUUCGAGGGUACCAACCAAGCAUCAACUCCCCACAUUAAAUUGGAUUAGAAAUGAAUGUGCGAGAGGCUGUUUGGUCACUUCUGCUGUGAAGACAGAUGGCAUGGUGAUGGUCUGUGAAAAUUGUGAGAAGACAAUAAACAAAAGCAAAGAUACCAAGGCUGCCAAUACAGUGUAAUCCUGAAGAAUGAACAGAAACUGCUUACUUUAUUAACACAAUGAAGGGGUAUAAUGGGAGUCGGAGCCAGUCGCAGCAUUCUUCUGCACACACGUGCCACUGUAUGCCUGAGGAUUGUGACCACUCUCAUGAUUACUUACAUCACAGCCAGGAUCCUCGGCAGUCUUACUUGCUCAGCCCUGCAGAAUCCUGCUCAAUGGACCACCACUACUGCGUAUCGAGGGGGACCAUGUCCUCCGAGUGCGCCGGUGCGCCGGUCAGCCUGAACGAGCAGAUGUCCUCCAGCAGCACCUUCCCCAGGAUGCACCACAACCCGCAGUACGAGUCCUGUGACGACUGUAUGGCCGCCACCCACACGGCCAGCAAGAUCAACCGGCUCCCCGCCAACCUGCUGGACCAGUUUGAGAAGCAGUUGCCGCUCCACCACGACGGGUUCCACACGCUCCAGUACCAGCGGGCCAGCUCAGCAGAGCAGCGGAGCGAGAGCCCCAGCAGGAUCCGGCACCUGGUCCACUCCGUGCAGAAGCUUUUCGCCAAGUCUCACUCUCUGGAGGCUCCGUCCAAAGGGAAUGUGAACGGGACGAAGGCAGAGGGGAGGGGCAGCGACAGCUAUCAUCACCAUCAGCACCACCGCCACCAUCAGCACCACCACCAGUCGAGGUCAACAAAAAGGAGUAAGAGCAAGGAGCGUAAAUCGGAGUCCAAGCACAGGGCCAAGAUAACUGGCUGGUGGAGCUCUGAUGACAACCUUGACAGCGACAGCAGUUACAUGGUCACUGCUGGAUCCAGUAGGCACUCUAUGGAUCAGGCCACCCAGUACUGUACAGAACCCAUUGAAAGUGCCUUCAGAGAUCUGACCCUGAAGAGUUUAAAAAGCAGCAGUGAGGGGAAGUGCUUAGCCUGCGCGGCCAUGCCGAUGAUGGCCGACUCACAGCACGCGAAGAGGAGCGCGUGGUCCACCAUGACAGUAAGCCAAGCCAGAGAGGCCUAUCCUAGCUCAAGCCUGAACCAAGACAAAUCAUCAGUGCUACAGGAUAUCAAGGCACAAGAAAGAGCUUAUCAUUAUCUUCAGGUGCCUCAGGAUGAAUGGAGUAGUGGGUACCCAGGAGUAAACAAGGACGGGGAAAUCCCUUGUCGGCGAAUGCGCAGCGGCAGCUACAUCAAAGCAAUGGGGGACGACGAAAGCGGAGACUCGGAUGCAAGCCCAAAGAUGUCACCAAAGGGAGCUGCUCAGCACGAGAACUACCUGAAAUCAGUCACUGCAGGGAGCGGCAGCGAGAAAAGUCGCUCAAAGUUCAGUUGCAAACACUGUUCUGACCCUUAUAUAUGCAGUCAUUCCCAUCUGCAAGGACAAACCGCAAUGAACUACAGCCUGGAUAACCUACACCGGUCUAGUCUUCGUACUCCCUCUAAACUUCCGUCCAGGAAUCAGGGCUACAGUCGGAUACUCAGUGCCAACAAUCAGGUUGAUAAUGCUGAUUUGAACAGGCCAUUUGAAGUGGUGUGUGAGUCAGUCUUUGGUGAAGUGGAAUCGCAGGCUGUGGAGGCUCUCGACCUGCCUGGUUGCUUUCGCAUGCGAAGUCACAGCUACUUACGUGCCAUCCAAGCUGGUUGCUCACAGGAUGAUGACUGCUUGUCUGUAUUUUCUAUAUCAGCACCCAUGAUGCCUACUACAAGUGUCAGUGCUAUUAAACCUAGUGCAUCAUUUAAUUAUAAGAAAGCUCCUCCAGUUCCUCCGCGAAUGGCUACAAAACCAAUCAUUUCAGUGACAGCCCAGAGCAGCACAGAGUCAACCCAGGAUGCCUACUUUCAGAAUGAGGUGAACCGGCCCACUUCCUGGUCAAAAGACAUUAAAUCUCAGUGCAAUUCAAUGGACAGUCUCGACAGUACCAAAGCACUGAACCUGGCCUUGGAAUCCUUCGCCCCAAGUCGUUCUUCAAUGAAGAGCUCCGAGGGAACUGGAAUUAAUAAAGGCGUCCUGAGUCGCGAUGAGCCAAAGCUACAGCCACGCCAAAGGAAGUGGCGGUCGUCUGUCGGGAUACAGGUGGAUAGUUCAGAGACUAUGACUGAUUCCGACACAGACAGUAAAGGCCUUCGAGAAUUCCAUUCUAUUGGGGUGCAGGUUGAAGAUAAUAAACGGCAUGCCCGGUUUAAGCGUUCGAACAGUGUGACAACAAGUGUUCAGGCUGAUCUUGAAUUGGAAGGCAUCCCUGGGGUGUGUGUGAGCACAGAGGACAAGGGCUUCCAGUUCAGCCAGCCGUUCGAGCGACAUUCCUCGGAGCCCGAGCAGUCAAAUGAGUACACGUCAUUCAGAACUGUUCACACGCAAGGACAGUGGGCGUACAGGGAUGACUACCGGAUGCGGUAUGACAGUGCCGACGCCCAGCGCCAGGACCACUGGGGAGAAUCCAGCGUUCACAACCACCCAGACCCAGGAAGAGUGUCUCCGUGCCACAGAGACGGUGACUGGUUCAUCAAGCUCCUGCAAGCCGAGGUAGAGCGACUGGAAGGCUGGUGUCAGCAGAUGGAGAGGGAAGCUGAGGAGAAUGACUUGCCUGAAGAGGUGCUUGAAAAGAUCCGCAGUGCAGUGGGCAGCGCCCAGCUUCUCAUGUCACAGAAGUUCCAGCAGUUUUAUCGACUUUGCCAGCAGAAUAUGGACCCGAAUGCUUUCCCUUUGCCAACCUCCCAGGACCUCGCAGGGUUCUGGGACCUCUUACAACUGUCUGUCGAGGAUGUGACAUUGAAAUUUGAUGAGCUUUUGCAGAUAAAGGCCAAUAACUGGAAACUGCUGGAACCUUCAGAUAGAAAGGAUGAACUGAAGAUGCCCCCUCCUAUACCAAAGAAACCACCGAAGGGAAGGUUAUCGCAGGCACGGGAGAAGUCAUUGGAACUUGCCGACAGACAGCGGCAAGAAGCAAGGAAACGGCUCAUGGCUGCCAAGAGAGCAGCUUCAUAUCGGCAAAACUCUGCCACGGAGAGUGCGGAUAGCAUCGAGAUCUACAUCCCCGAGGCUCAAACCAGGCUUUGAAAUCACACGCCGCCAUUUGGAAGGAGCCUGUCUUUAACUUCAACUUCACUUCUCAUACUCAAGGGAAGAUGAAACCAGACUAUGGGCAUAAUUUGAAUCCUGCUGUCUGGUCUCAGAUCUAGCAAGCAUUAACAUUCCUCUUGUGUUCCUUUAUGUUGUCGCGGUGGACCAAUUAUAUUUUCAGUUUUUAAAUGAAGCUGCAGUCUAAUAUAUUUUGUGCACAUGUUCUUUCUAAUGCAUCUGAGCAUAAAGAAAAAUUACAAAGUAAGUUUGGGGCACACCCAGGAAGCAUGAUGUUGUAAACAUCCCACGUUCAUUUUUUUAAAACUUUUGUUUCAACAGGAAAUUACACUUCACCAGGACAUAACACCUGGUGAAGUUUCGUCACUCACCUUCAGUGUAAUUAACUUUCCAUUCUGGGACUUGCCAGAGGUGUAUUCUUAAUGUGAUACAUCUCAUAAAGGCAUUUUGACUGUAGCUGAAUUUGUCUUGGGGAUUAGGUUUUUUUUAAAAAGAGAUGUCAUACUUACACACAAAACUGUGAAAAGUCCAAUAACCAAAAUCCAAAUUUUCAGACGAAAUGGUUUGGGAAGUGCUGAGUUCAGUUAUUCUACAACUCAGUAACUCCUAGUUGUUCAUCCAAGUAAAGGUUUUCAUUCGAGGACUGGGUGGCAUGAUUGAUGGAAAAAUUAGCCUUUUACUUUUGUGACCUGGGUCUGAAUCUAGCUCAAAUGGACAGGGUUCACCUCAGUAACACUGUUUUCUUUUAAAUGUGACUGGUGGUAGAACAUACAUGAGCAGGUGACAGAGUUGCCAAGCGUAGACAGUUCUUCUCUGUCUCUCUGUUCAUGGCCCCGAGGGAUAGUCUGAACGUAGUUCUCAGUAAGCAUGAGUCCACAGCACAAAACCUUGCCCAUACCUUGGCGCUCACUGCUGCUGAAUUGGUAGGCUGAGCUAAUGUGGAAAGCAAUAUAAUGCCAGGGCCAAGGACUAGCGCUUCAGAGGCCCCAUAAACUCCUGUUGUUGGGACAAUGUAGAGGAAGCUUUGCUGUCCAUCUGCCUGUGGGUAUAUUUGGCCUGGGAGAGAUCGGUACUGACAGCGGGUGAGAACACAGAGGGAACAUGUUCCCUCUGCAACACUGUUAGAUCUCACUUGAGCACAAUAUUAUACAGAAAAAUGUAAUUUUAAAAAAAUAUAUUACCAUCCCCAAAUUUUCUGGUGAUAUCUGAUCUACCCGAGGCAAUGGCCCUUAAGAAUUCAGACUGUAGAGGUAAUGCUAAGAGCUGUAAUAUAAAGAGGGAAAAGAAGGCCCCAAAAGCUGUAAUGAAAGCAAUGGAACAUGUUAGAAAUAGGGAGAAUGGAUUGAAUUUUACAGCCAAUGUGUCCAGACUGCUGUUGUGACUAUUUAUUCAUGGGGACAACUAUUAAGCCCGUUUGCACCUGGACGAAAUGUGAAGUGGUUGUAUUUGCAUGUUAAGGUAAUUCUGAUAUGCUGGGAUGCAUUGAUUGAGAAAAGUGUGUAUAUGCAGUUGGCCGCAUAAUGGCCAAAGUCAUUUGGGCUAAAUUUCAAAGGAAUGAAUGCACAUCGUUUUGAAAUUUCACACUACCAAGUGGCAUAUGAUAUUAAACAGCAUGAUUAGCAGGGUCCCUAAUGCAAUGUAAACACAGUUCCUGUGAAGGGAAUCACAGGAGGAGCAGCCAGCAGAAGGAUCAUAGAGGUCCUAAUUGCCGAGACCGCUGCAGUUUUGAAUAGGUGAUAUUCUGCCUGGUGAUAAUGACUGGGCAACUAUUCUUACUGACAAAACCGAUUUAUAUUAAAAUCUUUCAGAGAACAGUGCAAUCCUUGUCUGUAUUGGAAACCUUCGGCUAAUUCUUCUCUGAGUUUUAUAUCUGUACAUCUGAAGCUGACAAGCGACUUGAGGCUAGUAGUGUUGACAACUGCCUUCUAUAUAUAAACUUUUCUGCUGGUAGAGAAUCAUCAGUGGUUCUUCACGUACAUUCACUGUAUAGGUAGCUCUGAAGGACCCUCCUGCAGAUUUUGUACUAUAUAAUAGGGUACAACCAAUGUACCUGCAUAUGUUAUAAAUUAGUUCCGAUCAACACUGCUUAAUAAAAGAUUUAUAAACAGAAUGCACUGGAAAUACUCAGUGGGGCAAGUAGUACUUGUGGUGUGCAAACCAGAGUUUAAGGGGUAGAGAUUUGACCCUACUGAAUGGGCUAAAUGUGUAACAUAUCACCUUUAACUCUGCCUCUGAAAUUAGAUUCAUGAAGUCAUAGUGUCAUACAGCACGGAAAGAAGCCCUUGGGCCCACUGAGUCCAUGCUAACAUUACAACACUAGAAUGUUUUUGACAGGAACAAUCCAUUCUGCCCAGCAAAGCUUGUCAAAUUCCGAUUCACAUUGUGUGUUGAAAUAACUAUCGAGUUUAGAUUUGGAAGUCUGUAAGGUACUGCUCUCAACUACACAACUAGGUAGUUUGCUCCAUGUGUCCACAACUUGCUGUGUAAAGAAAUGCUUCCUGGCAUUGGUCUGAAAUCUCAAUAUAACCAGUCUCCUCCGAUGGCCCCAUGUCCUCAUUGGUGGACUAAUUUUAAAAUAGCAGCUGGCAUCCACCUUACUUAUUCCCUUAAUGAUUUUGAACACUUCUAUCAUGUCUCCUCUCAUUCUAUGUAUACUUAGCCUAAAAAGAUUUAAUUCUUUCCAUCUUUCUUUGCAGCUCAUACCCUUCUCUGAACUCUCUCCAGUGCCUUCACAUCCCUCACAAAAUACGGAGACCAAAUUUGUACACCGUACUCAAAGUGUGGCCUCACAAGCGCAUUAUACGGGUUAGGGAGAACAUCUCUGGACUUGAACUCCACCAAGCACAUUCUAUAACCCAAUGUUCUAUUAGCCUUCCUAUUCACUUCUGUGCAUUGUCUAGAUGUUGAUAGUCUACCAGGACACCAAAUUCUUCUCACACAGUGCACUUUCUAACUCAAGACCCCCCCCCCCAUUGUAUACUUAUAUGUAAUAUUUCUGCUUCCUAUAUGUAAUAUUUUACAUUUACUUAUAUUAAAUUACAUCUGCCAUUUAUCUGCCCACAUCUGGAUUUUGUUCAGAUCUAACUCUAUCAGCCCGUCCCCCUAAUUUUCUGUCAUUUGCAAACUUUACUAGUUUAUUUGUUAUGUGCCUAUCCAAACCAUUAACAUAAAAUAAAAACAGUAGUGGCCCCAAAACUGAUCCCUGCAGAACCUCACUUUUAACAUCUUCUAGACCUGAAAAUGAUCCACUCAUGAUAAUUUGUUGCUUUCUGUUUUUUGAUCCAAUUCUGCACCCAUUUGUACACCUUACCCUGAAUACCUACCUCCUGUAAUUUGAUUAUUAACCUCUUGUGGGUUACGGUGUCAAAAGUCUUCUGAAAGUCCAAGUAAAUGAUAGCAAGCACUCUAUUGUUAUCAAAAAUUUCAGUUGCCUCUUCAUAGAACUCCAGCAUAUUAGUAAAAGAUGCUUUCUGCUUUCUGAACCUAUGCUGUCUUUCUGUUUAUCAGCUGCUUUUACAUCUCAUUCUUUAUUAGUGUUUCCAUUAUCUUACCUACGAUACAUAUUAAGCUUACUGGUCUAUAGUUACCAGGGUCAGUGCCGUCACCCUUCUUAUACACUGGGACAUGUUAACUCAUUUCCAGUCUUUCGGGAUUUCACCAGUCCUCAAUGACUGUUGAAAAACACACAUUAGGGGUUUGUAUAUAUAAUCGCAGACCUCUUUAAGUACCCUUCAAUAUAUGUCGUCUGGCCCUGGAGAUUUAUUAACUUUCAGCCUUUUCAGCUAAAGCAGGACCUCAUUUUCUAACAUCUCUAAAUCACUUGAACCAACUUUUUUUUCUCUACACUUAACUGGCAUAUUGCUAACAUCUUCACGGGUGAAUACUUCAGCAAAAUAUGGGUUAAGAGUAUCUGCUAUGUCCUCCUCUGCAUAAUUUAUCACCCCACUAUUAUUCCUAAGGCACUUAACUUCCUCCUUGGCUUUACUUUUACAACUAAAGUAAAGAAAAAGAAUCUCUUGGGGUCAAUCUUAGCAUGAUCUGCAAUAUCCUUCUCAACCUGCCUUUUGGCAAUCUGAACUUUGCUCUUGAAUAUAGCUCAUAUUUUCAUAUGCCCUAGAGUUAACAGUAUUACUAUAUUCUCUGUAUUCCUUAUAUAGAUGUCCUUUCUUCAAUAAUGUUUAUGUAUAUCUUUAUUCAUCAAUGUCAUUGAUCUAUUGUUUUUAUUGCUUGUCCCGACCUUGGGUAUAAACAUUUCCUGCACUGCAGUUAUUAGCUUUUUCAAUCCACCCCAUUGUUCCUCAACUGACUCAACGUCAAGCAGUUCCUUCCAGUUUACCUUCUGAAGUCUUUGCCAAAUCUGCACAAACUUUGCCUUUUUGAAAAAUUCAUUUUAAUGGUUUUGUUUUUUACUGAUAGUCUCAAAAUGUUUUGGUAGCGUCUAACAAUGUUGUGAUCGCUUGCUCCUGAAGGCUCAACAACUCCUGUACUCAAAAUUCUAUCCUGAUUGUUACAGAAUAUCAAAUCCAGACAAUCUAACAAUCAACCAUCAUUUACAUUAAUACCAUUUUAUUCUCCUUACAUUCCCAUUAACAUUCCCUGGGUUCUGUUAUUCCAGGGGCAAAUUACAGUCGCCAAUAAUCUAUCAAUCUGCACGUCUUUGGGAUGUGGGAACAAAUGAGAGUAAUCCCAUGCAGUCAUGGAAAACAUGCAAAUUCCACAUAGACAGCACUGGAUUAAAGAGCUGGGACUGUAAAGCAGUUUCACUGGCCGUGCCACUGUGCCAUAUCGAAGCCCUCUGGGACUUCGAUGGAACCAAGUUUCAGAAGCAGAGUUCAAUGACCAUGCAUCGCACAUUUAGUGAGCUUCCAUUCCAAGGUUUCAGAUGCUGUAUCAUGACGUUCUAAUGAAAGGUUGCUGAUCGAAAACUUUAACUCUGCUUCUGCUGCUACAGGUGUGACCUGACCUCCUUUAUGUUUCCAGGAUUGUUUGAUUUUCUAUCAGAUUUCUAGCAUCUGCAGUAUUUUUGUUUAGGAAUUGUGAGUUCUGUUUCAUGUCUACACCAGUAAUACCAUAGGCUCCAAAUUUGAUUGGCAUUCUAAAAUUUGGCAGCCAGUCAAUUGCAAAGAGACUUAAGCAUCAAGUUGGGUACUCUAUAUUGAAGUUAACAAAAAAAGAAGUCAGAUCAUCUGCGUAGGAUCUGCGAUGAAUGUUUAUCAAAGUAUUGUAUUUGAACUUUAAGAAAGGAAUGAGCUUGUUGGGCCCAAUCACUUUUCAUUUUGCUCUGUACACUGCCAAACUACUGCAUAGCAUGACAGGACCUAAGGGAAUCUCUUCAAAAUAUUGUUAAAGGGUUUCCCCAGACUUUGCCAAGCUAUGUCACCUAGUAUAUCUGCAUUGUAUAAAGCACAUCUGGAGUUGCCAUUUUAAUUUUUGUUGACUGACAGAUCUUUGUGCUCCCAUUGCAUAAACUCAAGCUAGAAUAGAAAACAGUUUUGUGGAACUGAGUGUUUAAACAAUGUAUUGCAUCUAAUCCAUUUUUUUCUGUUUACUAUAAUCACUGUUGCCAUUGGCAUUGGCUUGGAAAUGCACUUUGAGAGAAAUAAUCUUACCAAAUUUAAAUUCUGUUCUUAGCUUUUUGCUCCAUAAAAAAAUCCAGGUUCCAGUCCAUAAUAUAAUAUAGUAGCCUGUCAGGUGGUGAAGUUCUCAAAGAUUUCCUGAAUAUUACAGUAGGCAGAAUGUGAUGAUAUCUAAUGUAAAGGUUUUAAUGUAGCAGUAGCCGUUAACACUAGUAUUGUACUGUUUCCAUCAUCAUACAUGGGCAAGGAAGGUGUCUGCUGAAUGCCACCAACUGCUGCCCUUCAGCUGAAGAAUCAGUACCCCUCCAAGCUGAAUACUCCUGACAAGAACACUUCUGAAGGCUGCAGAAUCUACAGCAGGUGGGUAGGUGAGGAAGGGCUUGGUCUGAGUAGCUGUCAUUAAGAUUGUCUGAGUAGCUUCACCAAUAAUCAAACUCGCCAGAUCCUAAAAGACGAAGGCCAGGAUGGGCAUGUGGCAAACAGUGAGAGAAUUGAAUUGCUCUCACCGAUCCUUCUGUUGCAGAUAUAUUUGCCCACGCAGCAUUGGUUGGUGACCACAGCACAGUGUUUGCCCUGUCGUCACACUAACAACACUCUGCAUUUUUUUAAAUCUGCUGUUGUCAUCAUAGCAAAUAGAAUAGAUUCAGAUCUAAGCUAGUGGGUGAAAAUAUCUAGAAUGCACUAUGUUUGGUUCAUGGUACUCUUCACUCUGUCAUUACUAUCAAAGCCAGGACACUGAUGUGACAAGAGUAAACAGAAGCAUUCCAAGAGCAGCAUGACGUAAACGGAAAACUAAGGUUUUAGUUUGGGCAUGCGUGCUGCAUGCUAUAGGCCCACUAAGCAGUGAAGGUGGCAUGCAGCAUAUGGAGUUAAGUGAGCCCAUAACCGACAGAUUAAACUAAAACGGCAAUCCAGAUACGUCUAGCCAUGAUCAACGGUGAGCACCAAAAUAGCCAACUGGAAGAGGGAGUUCUAGUAUAGCUGAACAGCAGGGUUGAAGUGGGUGCAAUCAACUUUAGCCCAAGAUGCUGACAGGCUAAUCAAUUUCAGCACCCUCCUGGUCACAGUCUUCAGCCAAUUCCAAUCACACCAUAAAGAUGAAAGUCCUAGUCUGUUCAGUAUGCUCAAAGCGAUAAACCCUAAUAAUCUCCCAGAUGUAGUGCUAAAGACUUGAGCUUGUAAGUCACCAAUCCCUCUCUUCCAGUACAGUUACAGACCUGUUAUUUGUCCAAUAAAGGGAAAUAUUAUCCAGAACAUUAGAUUCACAAAGAAAGGACAGAUCCAUUAUAGUUGAUCAGUUGAUUCAAAAUCAUUAACAAAGGCAGAGACGUUGACUGUAGCAUUGGUGGUAGCACAUGUUCAGCAGUAACCGGCUCACUGAAGCUCAGUUUGGGUUUCCAAGUGAACAGUGUACAGUCUUUGUUUCUAUUCAUGAUUUGGGCCUGUACUCGCUGGAGUUUAGAGGAACCAGCCGGGGCGGGAGGUGGUGAAUGUCAUUGAAAUCUAUCAAAUAUUGAAAGGCCUAGAUAGAGUGGAUGUGGAGAGGAUGUUUCCUAUGGUGGGGGAGUCUAGGAACAAAGGACACAGCCUUAAAAUGGAGGGACAUCCAUUUAGAACAGAGAUGAGGAGGAAUUUCUUUCGCCAGAAGGUAGUGGAUCUGUGGAAUUCAUUGUCACAUUCAUCGAUGGAGGCCAAGUGAUUGGUUAUUUUUAAAGCAGGGAUUUAUAAGUUCUUGGUUAGUCAGGGAAUCAAAGGCUAUGGAGAGAAGAGAGGAGAAUUGGGUUGAGAGGGAUAAUAAAUCAGCCAUGAUGGAAUAGUGGAGCAUACUCGAUAGGCUGGAUGGCCUAAUUCCGCUCCUAUGUCUUGUAAUGGAGCACUCUAUCCUCUAAUGCAUUCAUGGAAUAGCUGAGAGUGGCAGAUCGAAAACAUGACAGACAAGAGGUAGGUGGUGACAACCCAUGAGGGAAGUGAGUAAGCAGCUUGACAUUAAAUAAUGUUAGCAGAAAUUAAACUGCUCCUGUUAAUAUAAGUUGCUUGGCUGCAAGAGUGAAUCAAAUAAUGUGUGUUCUUUAGUGAAUGACACCCUAAAAUCAUUCAUCUGUCUACAAAACAUAUCAAGAGUCUAACAGAAUACUUCCAUUCAAAAACAAUCCAGGCUAGAGCAGUCUAUUUGAUUGGUAUCCUAACGACACCCUAACCAUUCAUCCCGAGUAUCACGGUGCAUCAUGAAAGCAGAAUGCAUUGAACUUUCUCACCAAGACUUCUUUAACAUCACCACCCAAAUCUGCAAACCUCUGCUGGCUUCCACCCGCAAAUUCCCCUCAAAGUUGUACUUCAAUGUGACUUUGAAACACAUUGCCAUUCCUCCGUUGUGGUUGGGACUAAAUUCUUGAAUUCUCUUUAACAGUGUUAAUGGAGCACCGUAAGGAAGUUUGCAGUUCACGAAGGUAACAAAUACUUCCUCAAGGGUAUUGAGGGAGGAUCAUUCAAUGUUAACUUCCUCAGUAGUUCAGAUCUGUUCUACACUUGAAGAGAAAUCUUUACAGGGCACUUAGAGGAGGGCAAGAGGUGGGAAUGACUAAAUGCCUCUCGCAAGCUUAUUGGGCCACGUGAGCUUCUUUUGUGCAAAACCAUUUAUUUAUUUAAAAGCUGGAAUCAGUUUUAAUAAAAAGGCCCCGAAUUAUUUAGAAUAUCAGUAUGUUGACAUAUUAUAAAGCCUUAUGCCAUUACAUUCAGAGUUGGAUAUUUUGAAUUAUUUUAAAUUUGUUUAGUUUUGAUUCAUUAAGCUACUUAAUUACUUUCAGAUGAAUUAUACAAUGAACUAGAAACAUGCAUUUUCACUCAUUGCUGCUUUAAUUUUUUUUCCUUUUUUGUCCUUAUUUCAAAGCUAGCUGUUGACUGAUAUUAAACUGUUGACACUGAAUUCCAUUGGAUUAAGAAAAAUUAAUCCGAUGCCCAGCUCUUCCCUGCUUCUAGCUAACUUCUGAUUUACAAAGAUAUGCUCUAUGUAAUUGUUGUAACUACAUCAGUGUUGGGUUCUUAAUUGCGGUUUCCACUUAGAAUAUAUAGGGAUUUCAAGCAAGAAAAAAAUGCUCUCAACUAACCUGUGCUUUUUGCUCAGGAAUUUGCGCAAAUAUUGUUUAAACAAUGGGUACAAGCAAUCGCUCAAACUGCUUAAGGGCCUGAUUAUUUAGUGUUUGCAUACAAAAAUGAAAAGAACACUAUGCUCAGAUCUGGUGGCUGGAAUUCAGUUUUAAUCUGCUAUUAAAAAGUGAAAUUUUCAAAAUAGCGUUUUACACACUAAAUGUUAAAAUAGGAGUCGUUCUUAAUCGGAUUCUUAUGUGUGCAUUAAACACAGAUGAGUAGGGUGUUCAGUACUAUGCAAAAGUCUUAGGCACAUAUAUAUAUAUAGUCAAGGUGCCGAAGACUUCUGUGCGAUACUGGAGCAGAGAGCAAGUUUGUAAAUCUGGCGGGAGCAAAGGACGUUUAAAGUGGAAGGUUGGAGUGCCGUGGGAGGGAUGUGGGGCAGGUGGCUGAGAGGAGUGCCAUGGGUGGGGGGGUGGGGGAGGAUGGGUGCAGAGACACCCACCCCUGAACCACCAGGCAAGAUCGUUUGAUUCCCAACAAUUGGUUUAUUGAUCAUUACAGAAUGUCUCUCUGGUGCUUUCCACUCCCUCCCAUGUCCCUUUUCCCAACCAUGAUUCCCUUCUCCCUGCCCACUUCCCACUGUCAGCCCACAAUAGAGAUGCAUAUCAGAAUCAGGUUUAUCAUCGCUCACAUAUCUCAUGAAUUUUUUUUUGCAGCAGAGUACAAUGCAAUACAUAAAAUUACUGCAGUACUGCGCAACAGUCUUAGACUCCCGAGCUACAUAUAUAUGGGAAUUUUGCACAGUAUUCUAUGUACAAAAAGAUCCAGCUAGAGAAAGGGAAAGGUUUUGGGGUAAAAUGAAGAAAAAAAAGUCUCUUGUCAUUGAACAGAGUGAAUAAUUUGUUGAUGGCUGUGACCUGAUCUGAGCAACAAUUCAGUCUUGGAUUUUGGAGCAUAUCUUUACAUUGCUGUCUUAUUGGGAUGUGAGCUACUCAAUCUUUUCCAGGGCAUGGGAAAAAGAUACUUUUAUUGUAAACAGCCUGUAAUUUUCCCCUUCUAAUGUUUUUUUAAAAAAUAUUUUGGAACACUGCGUUCUGUGUAGCAAGGAUGGUUUAACAAACCUCAAUACAAAAUGAUUUGAACGUGCUAGUGGGGCAGGAGUGGAUGGGACAUAGUGGAUCAUUGAAUUUGCUAUGGAGUAUCUUGUAACUCUCCCUGUGAACAGAUUCCCAAACACUUAAAAGUUUCAUUGGUGAAAUAAAAUGAGUUCAGAGUCACGAAAAUAAAUGCAAAAUUGUAACAAAAAUUGCUAAAAUUGCCAAAUGAGAAAUUCCAUGCAGGUUAUCCCAGGAGCUCAUUAUUAUUUGUUGAACAUCACUACGUCUUAAUUAGAAUUCUUUAGACAAAAAUGCACGCUAAUUCUGAUGCUUUUUUAACAUUCAUACCGAGAUAUUUUAAUUCAAACAUUGCUGUAAGAUGUCUUUCAUCUCUUAAAAAUUCCAUAUAAAUGUUAAUUUAUAUGAAUUCAUUGUUAACAAAAGAGAGGAAUAUCGUACUUAAAUUUAUUUGCUUUGGUUGAAAUCAUCUGUAUUCACAAAGUCAGUUUCUGAAGUACUUAAUUAGCUGUUAAGUGCAUUGGGAUUCCCUCAGGUCAAUAAGACGCAAGCUCUUUCCUUUUCCUUUUCACCAUAUAAAGCCACUGGGCAACAUUGUAGGUAAUUUGUUUCAGUGGUCCUUAUUCAUUUUGUUCACUGUUGUUCUGCAUAAUAAAUGAAUCCUUCUUCUAUUUACAUACAUAAUGUCUGUCCCUGUAUUUUUCUGCACAGAAUCCCAUUUGGGACCGGAAGAACUAGGAAUGUUCAAUCUUAAUGUACGAAAUGAACCUACACUUAAUGGGUGAGCAAAUUUAGGAAUUUGUCAGAAUCUCUGGGAUUCUCUGUCAGUAAUAGAGUGGAGCAGAAUGUCAUUGCCACGUUUAUGAAAAUUUCCAGUACCGCUGGGAGAACAUCCAAGCUGAACGUACGUUUAGGAUAUCUCCUGGUGAGCACAUUUGCAAGGAGCUCUUUAAAUGAUUACAGUGCGUGCAAGCACCAGUAAGUUACUUUGCUACAACAGGCUUUGCAGAAAACUAUAGCCUGGAGGCUCAAAGACCAGAGGCUUCAAAUAAGUCGCUAUACCUAGUGCGCCUGACUUCAGCUGAGGAUGAGCUACUGACCCUGCAGCUGGCUUUGAAAGACUGGGAACAUUGUAAUUAGAAGCCUGGAGAUUCCUCGCCACCCAUCCGCUGCUUUGUAGUCUCCGGGCGCAGUAGAUGGAAUUUCCAAUAGGCUAACUGAGCGCUCUAGGACUUGGUUGAGGAUUAGCUUCUGCAGCUGAUUUUCAACACUGUUUUUACUGCUCGUACGCUAAACCUGCAUCUUCUAUCAUUCCAAAUCUUCGUGCGCCCCAAAUCUUGGUGUGUCCUGCAAAUGCAAGUAAAGGUAUAACUAACAGCAACUCACUAUCAAGGUAAAGGCUGGUGCCUGCACGACUGUCAGUCCAUGGCUUUGACAGGCCAAUGACUACUUUGGGUGGCGCUGUGACUUAACGUUCGCCCUCACACUUUACAGCGGCAGCCGGAGGCUCGGCAUGCAAUUUGCACCGCUGUUCGAAAGAAGUUUGUUCGUUUUCCCCAGAUGGGCUUCCUCCGGGUGUUCCCCUUUCCACCCACAUUCCAAAGGUACAUGGGUUUAGGGUUAGUGAGCUGUGGGCCUGAGAAAGAAUGGAGACACUUGUGCGCUGCCCCCAGCACAUCUCAACAGUGUUGGUUGUUGGCACAAAACAAUGCAUUUCGCUGUAUGUCUCGAUGUACGUGUGACAAAUAAAUCUAACCUAAUCGCAUCUUGAUCUCCAGUUACAGUCAAUGGUCCGUAGAGACUUCACAGCUCUACUUACAGUUU